AUGGCAAGGAAGCGUAGUCACGACGACUUCGGGAACGACGCUUCAUUGCAUCGUGAUGAAAGCACAGAUGUCAGACUAGCUAAGGCAGAAUGGCAGGAAGUGAGGUCAAAGAAGAAGAGACGGAAGGAGCAUCGGUCCAACGAAGUCAAAGUGAGACAACAUACGCCCGAGUCACCAGAGCCAGAGGCCUCGACGCCAUCAUUACGCUUCGGCCCUUCUGUAGGAGCCCUUCACGUUGACGAUCUGCAAUCUCUAAUCCUCUACAUUCUUACUAAGGAUGCGGUGGCUCCAAAAUGGGUAGCAGUCCGGAAUGCCAGGGCGAUCAAGCAGGUGGUCACAUUGAUGGUUCCUGGAAUAGAUCGUACGAUGCUCGAGGCGGUUACGGAGGUGGUAACCAAAGCACGCUCACGCACGAAUGGUCAAGCAGCCGUGCUCGAUGGCAAAACCAACCAUCAUCAGGUCGAACAAGGACAGCUGAGAGGCCUACAUCAGAUCAAAGCUCCGGGCAACUCGAAGACCGGGCAUUUUGCUUCACCUUUGCAAGCUAUGCUUCUCACAUCAAUACCCGUAUCCAAAAGAAAGAAUGACCAGCCCAAAGCUGGACGCUCCACUCGAAAUGGCCCGACACCACUGUACGAAUUCAUACAUACCCCCGAACAACUCGAAGAAGCCGAUUUCCCUCUCCAUCCAUCGCUUUCGACAGACCCGAUCGAUGUAGAAUUACAAGCUACACGCCGCCGACAAGCUGCUCAAUCCGUUAAGGUGGACGGCUGGGUAGACACGGUUGUCGAAUCAAGUACUCUACCCAGUGCUCCGGGCGACAGCCGGGACAGCUCGGGACCCGUUGCGCCAGUCUAUGCGCUCGACUGCGAAAUGGUCGUCACUGAUGAUGACCGGCACUCUCUAGCACGCGUUUCAAUAGUGAACUGGGAUGGAAUAACGGUCCUCGAUGAACUCGUUAAGCCCUCCCUCCCCAUAAAGGACUAUCUCACGCAGUACUCCGGCAUCACCGAGGCAAAGCUAAAAGGCGUCACGACGAAGCUAGAGGAUAUACAAGCACGACUCUUGAAGCUGUUCACACCUUCCACAGUCAUCGCAGGUCAUUCUCUGGACUCGGAUCUCAACGCCCUGAAGUUGACACACCCUUUCAUCAUCGACACUACAAUACUGUAUCCACAUCCCAACGGCUUGCCCAGCAGAUCCUCACUCAAAUACCUGACGAAGAAGUACUUGAAUCGCGACAUUCAGAAGGGUGGUGUCGCUGGACACGACUCGGUGGAAGAUGCACUGGCAGUCAUGGACCUCGUCAAGCUGAAAUGCAAAAUGGGUCCGCAGUUCGGCUCAAAUGAGUCCAACCAGGAGUCCAUAUUCGCACGUCUAUCUCGAUCUGGCCACAAGACGGCUAUGUUCGACCAUGGGACAUAUGUUGGAGGUGUAGGUCGUCCCGCAAACAUCAAGGUUGGUUGCAAAGACGAUAUAGAGAUUGUCGACGCCCUCCUCCGCGUCCUUGCCCCUUCUCAUACCGACGAGACCAUCACGAACACAGCAGCUUCUGGCAGAUCCGUCUCAGAAGACGGUCAGGAUCCCAUGCUCACGCCACCAGCCUUCACAUUCGCUCGUCUUCGAGCCCUAGAGUUCCUCGACCGCCGGAAACCCUCACCAAUUGCCACCUCCUCCGACUCGCUACCAGAUGAUAGCACAACAGAGAUCGCAGCAAAGGCAGAGACCCACAAAGAAAUCCUGCAGCACCUGCUCCGUAUGGUCGAGGCCCUCAUCUCCCGCUCAAACUCCUCUGAACCAAUCCUGCUCAUAGUCUAUCCCGGCGGCCCUGACCCCGCCAAUAAGGACCUCAAAGACGUUCACCGCCUUCAAGCCAUGCACAAACAAUACCAGCAGGAGUUCAAGACCAAGAAGUGGGAUCAGCUGAGCGUGCAAUGGACGGAUCGCGAGACGCAGGCUUUGCGGCGGGCAUUUGAGCAGGCAAGGAAGGGGUGGGGAUUUGUUGGGCUGCUAUAG